GGACAACUGAUAGCAAUGUCUGUUGUACAUGGGGGGCAAUCACCAUGCUUUUUCUCCCCAAUUCUUUAUAAAUCCUUGGCCAAAGGUCCAGAAAAUACUGAAGCAGAAGUUGAGGAUAUUCUUGAUAUUGAUAUUCGUAAUCAACUUAUAGAGAUAAAAACAGCUACAUCAGACACACAAUUGCAAGUGGCUAUCAGUAGAGUAUCCUGCAUUUUAAGCCUUUCUGGGUGUUUCAAAAAAAUCACCUUGGAAAAUAAAGGAGCUGUUACCAAAGAUGUGGCACAUUGGUAUGUGUUACAGAGAACAAGAACUCCAUUUGAAAGAUUUCAAGAAGGACUGCAGAGCCUUGGAGUUCUUUCAGCAUUGCAGCAGUUUCCACAGCAGCUUCAAUCCCUUUUUAUUAAAUUGGAGAAAAAAUUAACAGCUAUUGAAGUUGAACAACUUUUCAAGUUUCGUAUGUCAGAGGAAGGAAGCAACAGAUAUGAAGCUGAAUUACUUGUAGUGGGAUUUUGGAGAGACUAUCUGCAAGAUGCAGAAUUUUGUGUUGAUGCAGUGACACUGGAAGAAAUACUUAUUUUUGCAACAGGAAGUGAUUCAGUUCCUCCUCUUGGUUUCUUUCCUGAGCCAUCUUUGGAGUUCUUGCACUGCAAGUCAAAAUUCCCUUUGGCGAAUACCUGCGACUGCAUACUUAGGAUUCCUCUAACCAACAAUUAUACUAACUUUAAAAACAAUAUGAAUUUUGGCAUUAGAAAUUCCCCAGGGUUUGGAAAGGCUUAAUGAAAAUGAUGAUGUAUAUUUCAAACAUUACACAUUAAGCAAUAAAAAAAAUCUUUUGUGGUAUUUGUACACUUUUCAACAUCAGAAUGUUUCAUUUGCAAAAAGAACAAAGUUACACUGUGUUUUUAAUUAUUGUUCAUAUAUUUGAAAUAAAUUAAUUUUGUAUUGUCAAGGAAUCAGGUAUUGUUU